CGCCGCCCGGCGCUGCGCCCGCCACCCGCAGCCUCCUCCGGCUGUGUGUGCGUGUGGGUGCCCCCCCCCCCCCCCCAAUAUCCUUCCCCAGCCGCUGCGGACCCCCCCCGGCACGGAGACAUGGCCCCCAUCGGACUCAAGGCUGUGGUGGGAGAAAAGAUUAUGCAUGAUGUGAUCCGGAAAGUGAAGAAGAAGGGCGAAUGGAAGGUGCUGGUGGUGGACCAGCUCAGCAUGCGUAUGCUCUCCUCCUGCUGCAAGAUGACCGACAUCAUGACGGAGGGCAUAACGAUUGUGGAAGACAUCAACAAGCGCCGGGAGCCGCUGCCCAGCCUGGAGGCCGUCUAUCUCAUCACCCCCUCCGAGAAGUCCGUCCACUCCCUCAUCAACGACUUCAAGGAUCCCCCCACCUCCAAGUACAGAGCUGCCCACGUCUUCUUCACUGACUCUUGCCCUGAUGCCCUCUUCAAUGAGCUGGUGAAAUCGCGUGCCGCCAAGGUCAUCAAAACCCUGACGGAGAUCAACAUUGCCUUCCUCCCCUCCGAGUCGCAGGUUUACUCCCUGGAUUCGGCCGACUCCUUCCAAAGCUUUUACAGCCCCCACAAGGCCCAGAUGAAGAACCCGAUCCUGGAGCGCCUGGCCGAGCAGAUCGCCACGCUGUGCGCCACGCUGAAGGAGUACCCGGCCGUGCGGUACAGGGGGGAUUACAAGGACAACGCCAUGCUGGCACAGCUCAUCCAGGACAAGCUGGAUGCCUACAAGGCUGAUGACCCCACCAUGGGCGAGGGUCCGGACAAGGCUCGCUCCCAGCUCCUCAUCCUGGACCGCGGCUUUGACCCUGCUUCCCCAGUGCUGCAUGAGCUGACCUUCCAGGCAAUGAGCUACGACCUCCUGCCCAUCGAGAAUGAUGUCUACAAGUACGAGACGAGCGGCAUCGGGGAAGCCCGGAUUAAGGAGGUUCUCCUGGACGAGGAUGACGACCUGUGGGUCACCUUGCGCCACAAACACAUCGCCGAGGUGUCCCAGGAGGUGACCCGGUCCCUGAAGGAGUUUUCUUCAAGCAAGAGGAUGAACACAGGCGAUAAGACCACCAUGAGAGACCUGUCCCAGAUGCUGAAGAAGAUGCCGCAGUACCAGAAGGAGCUCAGCAAGUACUCGACCCACCUGCACCUGGCUGAGGACUGCAUGAAGCACUACCAGGGUACAGUGGACAAGCUCUGCCGAGUUGAACAGGACCUGGCCAUGGGCACCGAUGCUGAAGGCGAGAAGAUCAAGGACCCCAUGAGGGCCAUUGUCCCAAUCCUGCUGGAUGGGAAUGUCAGCACCUAUGACAAGAUCCGUAUCAUCUUGCUCUACAUCUUCCUGAAGAACGGUAUCACCGAGGAGAACCUGAACAAGCUGAUCCAGCACGCUCAGAUCCCAGCAGAGGACAGCGAGAUCAUCACCAACAUGGCCCACCUCGGGGUGCCCAUCAUCACAGAUUCCACCCUGCGCCGCCGGAGCAAGCCGGAGCGGAAGGAGCGGAUCAGCGAGCAGACCUACCAGCUCUCCCGAUGGACCCCCGUAAUUAAGGACAUCAUGGAGGAUGCCAUCGAUGACAAGCUGGACACCAAGCACUACCCGUACAUCUCCACCCGCUCCUCCGCCUCCUUCAGCACCACUGCCGUCAGUGCCCGCUAUGGCCACUGGCACAAGAACAAGGCCCCCGGCGAGUACCGAAGCGGCCCCCGCCUCAUCAUCUUCAUCCUGGGCGGUGUCAGCAUGAACGAGAUGCGCUGCGCCUAUGAGGUGACACAAGCCAGCGGCAAGUGGGAAGUGCUAAUAGGUUCUACUCACAUUCUCACUCCCACCAAAUUUCUCAUGGACCUGAGGCACCCCGACUUCAGGGACUCUACUAGGGUAUCAUUUGAGGAUCAGGCUCCAGCAAUGGAGUGAGCCAAAGAAACCAAGGUCCACGCACAUCCUCACCCCACAGAAACUGCUGGACACGCUGAAGAAACUCAAUAAAACAGAGGAAGAAAGCAGCAGUUAAAAGGAAACGCCGCCACCGACUCGAUGCCGAAUUCACCUUCCCCGCCGGGCGCCCGGCCCGGGGUGCGAUCCUGCACCCAGCCCCGGCCCCGGCCCGGCCCAGCUUUCUCUCUUGUUCUUGUGUUGACCCCCCCUCCCCUCCCGCCGCCUUCCCCAUCUCAUUUUAUCCACAGGGAGGGGACAACAGCCGAAAAAAAAUAUACUAAGAAAACCGAUGCAUUGUGUUUAAAAGAGGAAAAGAAAAAAAAAAAAUUAUAUAUUUGUAGCUGCAGCUAUCCGAAGCACCCAGGAGCUCGUUGCUGAGUAACCCAUCUGCCCAUUGCUAGCGAAUGAUGACGACAAAAACCAACAGAAAAAACCUUUCUCCAAAAGUUUCGCUCCUCGUUGGGGUCUUGUGUGGACGGACGGACACACCACCAUCACUCCAGCCUCUGCUCAGGCAGGCGCCGCGGGCUGGGCUCGGCUCUCGUGUCGCUGCUCGCUCUCGGCCGGGGGGUCCCCACUGCCAUCUCCUGUCCCUUGUCUGUUCGGGGUGGUGGGUGUUCCCGCCAGAUGUGCACACCAACAUCUGGCACGGGGGUUUGGCGGCGGGGAUGUGGGGGAGUGCACCCGGGAUGCUUCACGCUGCGGCAAUUCCCAUGUGGAAAGGGACCAAAACGGUCAAAACCUGGAGACGGGGCCCGUUUGCUUGCACGGCCGCUCCUCUGCCCUGCUGCAGCCCGGCCUCCCCCUUCUCUGGGUAUUCCUUAAAAUGCAUAUAUAUAUAUAAUAAAAAUUCAAUUUUUUUAUAUAUAUAUCUCUCUCUCCCUCCAUCCCCACGGAAGCUCGGUGCCCCUGCGCCCGGCUCCACUCGUGUCAUCCCGUGGUGAAGCGUUCCUGAGCGUGCCGUCGCCCCACGGCCCCGCCACUCUCCGGGCCCCCCCCUCCGGACUCUGUGUAUAUUAAUGACUGUGUCUUGUGACGUUCUUACAAGCUUGGUGUAUAGUGAUUUAACCAAACCUCUGAUUUUAGUUGGUUUUUUAUUUUACACCCAAGGAUUGCCCCCGCCCUCCCCUGCCAUUAGAUGCACUGCAAUAUUUUGGGGUCCAUCAUUUUGUUCUCUCCCUCUGAAGGCUGUGACCCCCUUUUCCUUCCCCCAAAUCUCUUUCUUGCCUCGUUGGUGGUUAGCCCCCCUUUCCCUCCCCGUCUGUUCCUUGCCCAUAAAGUUAAAUAUAUAUUUUUAGGGCAAAGGCUGUAUCAUUGCACUGAUAUUUGUUGGUUCCUCCUUGGUCCUCCCACCCCGUUUGAGUUCCUUCUUGGUUUAGCAAUGCAAAUGCUUCAGGAUCUUGUAUGUUGGACAUUACUAUUUUUUUUCUGUUACAGUUAUUUAUAUAAAAAAUAAUUUAUCAAAAAGGAAAACUUAAAAAAAAAAAUAAUCUAGUCUGUCUUGGAAAUUGUUUACCUUGAAAUUACUGGAAUCUAAAUGUUUGAAAGUGUUGAAGCACAAACAUGUAUCAUCUCUGUAUAUCUGUUCUUCUGUACUAAAGCACUUGAGUGACUAAAUAAAAGCGAUCUCCAUCCCUAGUGCAA